UAUCUGUACGUGCGACUUCUUCCUCAACGUCACUAGCUCCGUUUCCGCUUUCCCACGCGCUGCGAAGAGUCGACAGAGGGAGUUAGCUCUAGCUCGACGACUUUGUAAACAAAUCGUCAAAGUGAUCCUCAUAUCAUCAUCAUCCUCAUAUCGCCGUCCCAUUCCUCGUACUUGACCGCCCACGCCAUCGACAUCACACAGGCUUAUCAUCCAAACUCUUCCCAGCCCACCACUUCUCCCCAAUCACACAAAAACCAAAGCAGGACAACAGAAGGAAUACAACCCGCCCACGAUGGACUCCCCAGCAUCCCCUUUCAACCUGAAUCUGAACAUGAACAUGCACCAUAUGGUCGGGGACGAGAGCGACCUGAUGGACGACCUCUCUUUGGGGGAACAAGAUCGGUUGAUGGGCAUGGAUAUGGAUGUAGGCAGUCCUAGUGUUCGGAGAACGGGCACGGGAGGUGGAGGUCGGCUCGGGGAUGGGUUGAGGGGAAAGGAAGUACGAAAAGGAGCAGGAGUACGAGAGGAAGAGGAAGAAGGCGAGAAGGAGAUAGUAGUCUUGCCCCGUCCCAAGUCUAAAGUCAAAUCAUCGAGGCUCUCGUUGUUCGCCCGACCACAAGAUCAGGAGGAAGAUGAGGACGAACAAGAGGACGAACCUCGGGAUCGGAACCAUCAGAACCCCCACACCAACGACGACUACAUUGACGACGAAUCCGAAACCGACCACACUCAAACAUCCUCCACCUCAACCCCCCGCACCCACACCCACUCCCAAUCACAGUCACAAUUGCAAGGCCGAGACCGAGAUCGAGAUCGAGAUCGGGAUCAGCAAAAGCUCAAGGAAUCGCUCUGGGAACUGAAAAAGAUGGUCCAGGUGUUCGAGGGGUUCGAGACGAGUUUGAGAGCUAGCAAGGCUGGGAACGAGAGACUAGCCGCACGGACGAGAGAUACCGACUCCCUGUUGGAUUCCUACAUCCGGUUGUUGAGUCAGACGGAACAUACCCAAAAAUUCGUCCUGAACGAGAGAUGGAAGGGGGUCUCCGAAGACCUCCGGGCGAUGGAAGAACAAACCCGUCAAGCCCGGAUCGAACUCGAACAAGCUCAAGCGCGUAAAGAACAGGUGGAACGUGAUCGGAAACGCGCCGAAGAGGAGGAAGAGGAGGAGAGGAGGCGGGCCUUGGUAGAGGCGGAGAAUCGAGAGAGGAUGACUGCGGGGCGUGGCAGAGGGAGGGGAGUCGGAGCUGGGGUUGGGGUUGGGAGAGGGACGGGAGUGAGAGGGAGAGGGGUUUUGGGUGCGAGAGGAAGAGUCGUCAGCGGGGCUCGACCUACGACGGGCAACACGACGAGCAGUACGAUCUCGGGGACGUCGUCGACGAUAGGUGGCGGCCUGCGGAAACCAUCUGGUACGGUGACGAGGCGGUAGAAGAACAUCGAUUUCUUAGUACACUCUGGGAUUGUGGUCGUGUUGUAUGGGUUGUAUGGUAUAUUUGAAUGGACGAAAUCUGAUGAUGCAUUGAUUGAUAGGUA